UCGUGCCAUCCCCCGAAAAUAUAAUUGUUGUCAACAAAGAAAUUUUGACCUCUCUAACUAGGAUGAAGGUGAAAGUGAUCUUCCCAGGAAAAGUCAAAGUGUGCUUCAGGAAAGGACCAACUGGUUAUCUAAGACAAGAUCCCUCAGAUGAAGCCAAGAGAAUUAAAGACAACCCUGAUCUCCAGGUCAAGUUGGCCCCACAGAGCGAAGACAGCAUUAAGGAAAAUGCUCGCUCUGUUGUGUUCAUGAGAGGGGGAGAUGUGGCUGACAGACAGGAAGUGCUGGGAGAGUAUGUGCUUCAGUUUGGAAAGUACAAGGGCAAGACUUUCAGGUGGCUGCUCGAGAACGAUGUCGGCUAUGUGAUAUACUUGAUGAAGAAGGUUGAGCAGGAGGAGCUAGCUGGGCAAUUUAAACCCGAGGGUCCCAAGAAGGACAGCCUCCUCUCACUUAUUGAAUAUUGUAGAAGCUUCCAGGAAAUAGAGGACCUCCUGAAGUAUCUAGCUGAGAGGCCAGUGGAAGCUCCUGUAAGCAAUGAAGAUGACAACUUAGUAGGAUUUGGGAUUCAUGCUAACAAGUCCUGGAGGGAUGUUUGGGACAGCAGGGCAGAUGGAUACUCUGCAUUCAUCCUCCGGAGGUGGUGUGUACCAGGCAGCAAAAUGUAUCGGCUACAGCAGUACCUGACUCAUAAAGAGAGGCAGGACCAGCACCUUACUCCAUCCGGCCUUGCAGAAUCUGCAUCCAGAUAUCCAGAAAUGGAGGAUGAUGAAGAUUUGGAGAGAAUGAUGCUUUCCAUAUCCCCCUCCAAACUUCAAGGCCAGCUUAAAGUUGUGGAAGAUGAAGAAAUGGAGAGGAGGAUGAUGAUGCCCACAGAUCCAGGCCAUCUGAGUUCAGAAGUUGUCGGAGUCCAGUUGGUCAAAGGGAAGCGCAGACCAACAGCAACUCUCUCUAAACCAGACCAGCUUCAUCAGGGUAGCAUCCCUGCAUCUCCACAGCCUGUUUCCUCUGCUCCAGUGAGGGCUCCACUCGCAGUGCCGCCAGAGUUACUGUCUUUGGACUUAACUACAUCAAAAAUCCACCCAGAGACAGCGUCUGCUCCACCCACAGCUCCACCUGCAGCCUCUGCUGGGUGUCCUUCGGCUCCACUGGAAGAAAAGCCUGCCAUUCCACAACUCCCCACAUACGAGCAGGACGUGAGCCGAUGGAGCUGCUCUCACCAGCAGAGGAUCUGGAUGAAAACAGAGAUGGAGGCUUUGGGACUGUGGCCGGGCUCUCGACCAGUGAGACAUUUAAUGAACAUGAUUUCCUUGUGGCGUUAUCCACCUCAGCCUGAGCUCAUCGAUGCUGUCUGUGAGCUGCCAUCCCCGAAAUACUUUCAUCUCCAUCCAUUUUUCAUUUGGAAACCUGAACACGCUAUUAUGGAAAGAGUCCGGAACAACUACCCUCUGCCAUGUCUGUACGGGUGUAGAACUCCACAUGUGGUCUCAUCAGGUGUUGGACGGCCCCGUGUCAUUAUUGGCACAGUUGGCCAGUACUACAUAUUAGCAUCUCGGCUCACCUGUAAAGCCUGCAGAAAGUACUGGUUUGCAGAUAAACCUCAGUGGUUGGGCAUGCUGCCGAGCCGGUUCCAGAACAUUUUGCCAGCUUUUCUGACACACAAGAAGGCCAUAUGUAAAACUGUGUUGGAUGAGCUGCGGCGCACCGGAAAGUCACCAAAUGAUAUGGCCAAUCAAGUAAAUGAAGCUCUCCACCUCAAGUAUGAGCGUGCACAUCUGGCUUACUUGUCCACUGUCAAGAAUGUGUUGGAUGGAGACAGUGGGCUUUAUGGUCAGAGGACCAUCACAUCAGCUGUGAGAGCAACAAAUACUCCUGCUCCUUUUGGUGACUAUGGUGAUGUGGAUGGCUGGUAUGGAGUAGCCAUCACUGCUCAUUACCUGGUCGACUGCCUUGUUCAAGAAUAUCGUAGGCAAGAGGGCGCACUCAAUCUGCUCCUGCAAGGCACGUUUGGACAGGCACUGAGGGCAGACCAUACCCGCAAAGUGGCCCGGAAGGUGGUGCUCGCAUCAGGCACUAUGUCAUCAUAUGCCGUAAUGAAUGAGAACUGGAUGAUCUUGUCAUGGGUGAUGCUGCAGUCUGAAAGUGACAGAUCCCUUGAGCCAAUGUAUGAGGGGCUCUCUCAUCGUUACGUUUCUGCAGGGCUACCAAAAGCCAACUACCAGUGGGUGGACAGGGACUGCUGUGCUGCGUUCAGGAUCCCAAACCCUGAGCCCCACGAGCAUCUUGUCUGGGAUUCCUGGAAGACUACAGAGGCUGCAGUGGCUGAGGCAACCUCUGGGCAGCUCACCAACAGUUGUGCGUCACGCAGAAAGUAUAACGGCAACCUCAACAUCAAGCUGGACUUAUUUCACUGCAUGCGACGCUUCACCAGAGAGUGUGUGUCAGAGCACCAUCCCCUGCACAGCUCGUUCUGUAAGUUCCUCUCUGCAGCUUUCAGUGUUGUGGACCAGACUGACCUUCAAAGGCUGAAGCAGGCCUACGUCUUCUGUGGCAUAGUGCCUGCAAAUCCAACAAAGCAGCACAUCAGACAGCACUGCCGCACCAGAGUCCCACAGCCCAGAGAGCUGCAGGAGAGAGUGGAAAGCGUUCUGGAAAAAUUCUUUUUAGAAUGUGAUCCUGAUGGUGAGCUGCUGUUUAAACCUUCAAUGUUGAAGGUGUGGAGGAUUCAGCGGGUCCACAUCCUCAGAGGCUGCCUCAGUGACCCGAAGGUUGCAGGGGGCAUCCUCUACAGACAUGGUGGAAUGGUCCAACUAAACCAUGUCAAGGGAGAGGAGGCAGCUGUACCUCUGUGGAUCCCUGUGAGAGGCACCUCUCAGCAGGAGGGCUUUCAUUUCCACCAGGCGAAAUGGGUCACAGGCACUCAGGUUUCCACAGAGCUUUUCCAGGCGCAGGGCAUGAUUGGGGUGGCUCGCUGGAAUUUUCAGCGCCUUGUGGACCUGAAGCAGCCUGAGAUGAAGCUUCCUGUGGUAUUUGAUCCCCUCUUGAUCUCGGACCUAAACAAGCUCUCAGUGGUGGUGACAGGCCAGGCUAAGUACCCAGCCUUAGUUAUCUCACAGACAGACACUGGAGAAAGGUUUGGACUGCAGUACUUGGAGCCAGGCUGUCGCCCCAUCCCCCUGGACUGGGACAAGCACAAGUCCCUGAAGGUUCCUGCAGAAGGACAGGGAGAGCCUCACUCCUCUGAGCUGUCUGCUUUCAAUGAGAGAGUCACAGAUGACCCAUCUGAGGAGGAGAGGAAGGAACAGCCUGCUCAGGAUAACAUCUUUGCAGCUGCUCAUGGAUCAAAGACAAUGAUCCAGCCUGCCAGAGUAAAAGACAUCCGAAUGACAGCACAGUCACCACUGCCCCUUAGCGUCUCUCCACGAGCUGCACGUACAGGUCCCAUCAAAGCAGGAGGUCUGCUGUAUGUCCUGGACCAUUCUCGGUGGCCGCAGCCCAUGAGAGAUGCCAUUGAUAACUUGCUUAUAAAGCACCAUGGGCAGAAAGACCUCCUCACGCGGGUGGAUGCUGAAUAUGCUGCAUGUGUACAGGCUGCAUCCAGGGAUCCCAAUAGUCUUUUACACCCCACCACCAAACAUCACAUCUCCCGCUAUGUGAAGCACCUGGCCAAGAAGAUUAACACCAGUUCAUCCCUGAACACCAGUCCAGAGAAACUCCAGGAAACCCAGAAACUGUGGCAUCACCUUACAGAGGGCAGUGAAACUGUACACGUUCCAGUGGUGACCCUCCCAUCUGCUCCAGUAAAUCCAGCCAGCAUUAAGCCCCAGACGCCUCCUUUAACUAAGGAAGAAAUAGAGCAGAUGGUGAAGGAGGUCAUGGAGAAACAACAGCAACAACAACAAGCUCAGCAACCACUGAAAAAAAGGACAAGGAGUUGUCUUGCUUGUGGCCAGCCAAAGUCACGCUACCUUGGUGAUGGUUCCUCCAUUCACUUCUUUUAUCAGUCUGGAGAAGUGAAAUAUUUCUACUGCUCCACAAAGGUUUACCAAACAUAUGCAGCAGAAGGUCUCACCAAUCCUCGAAUGGCAUUUGCUGACUUUGCUGUCACACCUUUUUUUAGCAGAGAACUCGAGGCUGCAAAGCAGCGUUCUGCAGAGUGGAGGCGUAUAACGGAGGAGCGGGGAAAGAGAAAGUCCCUGGAGCAGCAUCCAACUGGCCGUCUGUGCAGGUUCUGCCACAAGCCAUUAAAACAAGGCCCAGACAGUCCCCAUAUUCAUACUGGGUUCACUGGUGUGGCUGGGAAAUAUAUCUAUUGUCCAGCUAAAGUGUUUUCCUUGUAUCAGAAGGAUGGGAUGACUCGUGAGAUGACUUGGGGAGAGUUCUGUCAGUCUUCUUUUUAUGAGACUGAAAAGAAGAGGUGGGCAGCAGAAAGGGGGAAAUGACUGCUCUCAGACCUUUGGUUUGAGUGCAUCUAUAAAUGUGUUUUACUCAUACUUACAUGCUGAAACUGUUGUUGGUUGGUUCUUGUAGAGUUUUUAAAACUGUAAAUACAUUUUAAAUAUGUCCUAUACAUGAUGUCACAUCAUUGUCCUUACUUUUUAUUAAUUUAUGGAUACUGUUUAUCACAUCUAUGUGUAAAAGUACUGAACCUGCUUCAGUUUAAUUCUUAUAGAAGUUUGAUGUUUAAAUUGUCAUUUGAGGGAUUCAUUAUAGUUUAUUUAUUAUUAGUUAUGCUGUAAAUUUGUUUUAUAUUUUAUUUCAUCAGUCAUCAGUCUGCUUCGUGGCAUUUCUUAUUGUGGAUUUAUAAAUGUAAACAUAUAGCGCAUGGUCCCUAUUUCAAACAUCAUCGUGCUUUGGUGCUUAUAAGUUGGUCAUAGGUGAGGAUAUGGGAGCGAGCGGGUGUCUGUCUCACCCCGUCAUAGCUCGGGUGUACCUCAACCCAGGGUGCUCUGAUAGCUUGUCACUGUAAUGAAGUGUGAUGUUUGACAAAACCAGGAGAUGGAGUUAAGUAUUUCAAAAGGAAUGCAACACUUCUCUCUCAUCAGCAUCUCGGGGAGUGUUAUUUCAAAGGAAGUUAAAAAUUGUCACACAAUGAUGCAGUCUUUAUUUGUUUAUUUGUUGUUUAUUUGUGGUUUACUGUUCACUGUUCAUAUUUGUGUACCAAUGGCCUCUUAUACCAUAAAAAACAAAACUGUUUGUCUUUCAACCCUGAGAAGGAUAAGUGGAAGACAAUGGAUGGAUGUCUUUCUUUUAAUUAAA